GGAUCGACAAAAGGUUAGAAAUGCUGCCGUUAAUGGAGGCGACAACACUUUGAUUCCUCCAUAGAUAUCUACACAUAACUCAACUCAGUGACUCGGUGGGUCCAUCUCUCUUUUUCACUCGAGUCACUAUGUCUAGUUGCACCAACAGUGAAACCUUUUCAUUCCUCUUAUAACACUUCCACCAUCCCCCUCCCUAAUCCUAUCAACGAUCUUCUUUUUUCCAUCGAUAAAAUUUUACGUCCGUCCCUACUACUUACGAGUAUAUGUCAUGGAUCAUCAGCCUAAUACUUCACUUCGUUUAAGCCCCCCCGAAGCUCAACUUAACCUACACUCAUUGUCGAAUUCCUCGACCGAAUCGAGAGUCUUCUCCUGUAACUAUUGCCAACGGAAGUUCUUUAGUUCGCAGGCGCUCGGAGGGCACCAAAAUGCUCACAAGCUCGAACGAACCCUCGCGAAGAAAAGCCGAGAGUUGAGCUCGUCGGUUGGAGCUCACGGGGGAUCGAGUUCGAACUACUCAGGGUCGUCCGGUCUCGGCAGUUCAAGCCGUGCUCAACGUAUGCUACCACCGGUCGUGACUCUCCAACAACACGGUCGAGCCGGGAGGUUUGCCGGAGAAAUGAGCUACGGGAGGAGAGAUGUGAACUAUGGCCCUAGAGAGGGGAUCGGUUCUUGGUCCAUGGGGUACCGGCGUGAAGAUGUUCAAGAAGAGUUUAGCCACCUUGACUUGUCCUUAAGGCUAUGAAAUUACAUUUCGUGAACGUAUUUUGUUUAUCAUAUUUGAAAAUUUAUAAUUAAUAUUAUUUUAAAACUUAAAUUUA